UCGGAGCAUCAGGCAUCAGCUGUCUGAAGAGGAAGUGCCUCGCUUCCUGGGAGCUGCUGCUGCUGCUGCAGCACACACAGUUAACCCUUCAUGUCCUGGAUCUGCGCUGGCUGGAAGUGGUGUGGAAAAGCAUCAGCAGCACUCUACGGAGGAUUCUCUGCCUGCUUCUUCUUCACAGUCCCACCAGGAGCAGCCUGUUGGGAUCCCAGAAGGUUCCCCCUCACUGAAAGUGCAAAAUUGAGGAUGAAAACCAUAUGCACCAAAAAAUUGUGACUUACCAGUUGAUUCUUGAUGGCGAUUGUUUAUAGCAAACUCUGCUAAAGAAGGAUUAACUUGAAUACAAAAGAAGUCCUGUGGACCAUCGAUGUUUGUCUAUAUCUGAAUGCGGUUUUUGGUCUUCAUCAAAUGAGGGAUACCUUCUGGAGUUUUGGAGCAGCGCGGUCCUAUAUUAAGAUUUAUUGACUGAACCCACUUCACUUUGAGACCUGCAGCGUCACUAUCAGGCAACGUAAUUGAAAAAUUUAUUUUUGGGCCUGAGCGGCCUUUGUUUCCACAAGAUGGAUUCUACUGAUUGUAAGCAAGGCCACACUAUCCAGCCACAGGAUCCUCAGGGUGGAGUUCAAAUACAUAUGCAAGACGAAGAUGGAGAAAUCAUGUGUGUGAAGAUUAAGGAAGAGGAGAUACCUGCUGAGAUCAGCCCUCAUGGAUCUAGUGGCAGAGAUACACCAGAGAGACGCCUCAGAUUUCGUUACUCACAUGCCUUAAAGCCAGACAAAGACGUAAAGGAGGAAGCAUUGAAUAUUGUUCUAGUUAAUGCUGAUUCAGCGAUAGAUGGAGACAGUUCUUACUUGGAUAAGGAAGAGGAAAUUCCUAUAGAUUUCAGUCCCGUACCAUCAGAGCAUCUUGGGACUCAUUUACAAGUUGUUAAGAAUAGAACAAGCAGUAAUGGCAGAGCCAGCACUUUCACACACACUCGAAAGAGACAGCCUUCAACAAGGAUGACAGAUAGUCGAGGUUAUAUUGAAGUAAACAGCCUCAUAACUGCAGUGUCUCACCAACCUGCCAUCUGGGAUGCCAGGGACCCCAGUUACAUGGAUCGGCUUAAGAGGUCUCAUGCAUGGGAGAGAGUGUGUCAGGAAAUGACUGAGGACUGGGAUGACUUUCAUGCAAAAACCAAAGACCGACGAUUGAAGGAUCUGCAAACUAGAUGGCGUUCUCUGAAGGACUGUUACAGGCGGGAGCUACAGCAGCAGAGGAAAGCGGAGAAGAGUGGGGGACCAACGGUAAAGAGGAAGACAUACUUGUAUUUUCGCCAGCUUCAAUUCUUAAAGCCUGUCUUGGAGGCACGAAGACAAGUUUGGAAGCAGAAGUCAAGCGACUGCCCUUCUGGAAACCUCAGAGAGAAGACAGAGGAAUCAAAGUUGGACAUUACGUCAUCUGCCACAUCUGCAAUCCCAAGGGCUGGUGCUACAUCUUCUUUACCCUUAAUGGAGAGUUCCCUCCUAAAGCAGCCCCUGAAGAGGAGAAGGCAGCAGAAGCAGUCAAAUUUUACUCAAAAUUCUCCUGUAACCUCUCAGGGAGUUGUCAGGGAAUAUCAAGAACAGGAAAAAGACGCAGACUAUCACUUCUAUAUGUAUAUCAUGGCUGUAACAAAGAAAUUCUCUCCGGAGAAGAAGUGGGCUUUUAGAAUGAAGAUUAUGGAAUUGCUCCAGAUGCAUUCUCUUGACCAGCAGGCUCCUUCUUCCUUCUCCCCUCACCUCACCUACUCAUACACACCCGAAGCUCAUAUCUCUCCAUCUGCAAACCCACCUUCUUACCCACACUAUUAUCCCUAUGAAGCCUCCCAUUCCUCCAGACAUUCCCCAACACCAAUCUACAUACCUUCUAACUACCAACACAAUUCCUUAGACCUGUCAAUACUGCCUGGUGCUCCUAGUCAGCCACAAUCACCCACCGAAUCUCCUUAUCGAAGUCCCUUAUCUCGCUCUUCACAGACACCCUCAAGCCAGGCCAGCCUAGACACAGAAGGGGACAGCUCAUUUUUGGACUACUAAAACACAAAGAUAAGUCAGUAUAUAUACAGUUUAUGAAAAAUAUAUAUAUAAAUCAAUAUAUAUACAGUUUAUGAAAAAUAUAUAUAAAUAAAUAUAUGUAUAAAUAAAAAAGGUAUACAAGUGAAAUAUAAGUAAUA